GCUGACUAUCGUUUGCCUUGCUUGUCGCUUGCUUGGAAGACAUCCUCAGCCCUUGCACGCACCAAGUCACAGACAAGGGCUGAUUGCCUUGACACUCUCAGUUUAAGGCUUGAAAUGUAACAAAGUGGCUGCUGUGCGGCCAUGGGCCCAGGGAGCCUGGAAUCCUCUGCCCCCGCGCUCAUACUGAGGCCUGCGAGCGGCAUUGCGCUGAAGGAAGGCGAACGAGUGUGGGAGAUAUGCCCGAUUCGGCCCGGCGCCGGUCAACUUUAUCUAGACAGCACCAAUGUCGUAAAGAGCAUCAAGUCAUGGGCAGAGGUCCGCUGUCGGUAUGUAGGUCACCCCAGGCGAAGCCACGCGCUUCCGGCUCUCUUCGUGUCUGGUCUCAUGAAGACCGGGAAAUCGUACACGUUGGAGAAUGUGGUCCCGGCGGUGCUGGCUCAGGAGCUGAGCCAGCAGCGGCCUGAUCACCCGCUGAAGGGCAUGGCUGUGCUGCGGCUGAACUGCCUGCGGCUGGACCGCCAGGGGACGACCGCGCUGCUGUACAGCGUCCUGGAAACGAUGGUUGCUUGGGUGGAACGUGCCGAAGUGAAGGUCAAGGAUGGCGCAUGGCAGCAGGCGACGCGGGUGCGUGGCGAUGCAGCCGGCAGCCGUACACGCACACGCGCCGGGAUGGCUAUUCUGGAGCUGCUGCAGGGCCUCGAGACCCCGGUGCUGGUGCUGAUGGACGAGGUGCAGGCCCUGCUGCAGCCCACCAACGCGCGCGGUGAACCCGACCUGGACGGCGUCAGCUACAUCCGCGACGUGGUGCUACGCCAGAUCCUGGUGGCCAGCCCGGACAACGUGCUGUGGGCCGUCACCGGGAGCAGCAUGGCGUUCGUGUGGACGGCGCUGGCGGCCAUGCCAGUGAAUGGCGUGGCGCCCAUGCUCCAGAUCAGGCAGGUGGACACGCCGUCCGUGUGUCCGCCCGGCCUGAUGGCGGCGCUGCUGGACGACCUGGAGGGUGUGUGGGGCGUGCGGCCGGAGGACGUGGCGCCGCUGCUGGAGCGGGCUGGAAGCUCGCCGGCACUGUUAUCGACAAUGCUGGAGUCCUGGGUGAUGGAGGGGAGGCCCGCAGACGUGGCCGCCUUCGCUGACACAUUCACAAAUUACAAGUUGUACCCGGAGGGGCUCAAGGAGUGGCAGCUGGGCCUCGCGCACUGGAAAGAUGACGAGCGCGGGUUGCUGCUGGAUCUCGCGGACCCGGUCAUUGGGGCGGCAUGGGAGCCGCACAUUUCGGACCCAGGCCUCUGGCGCUUUCUGAAGCCGCACCUGAAGCAGACUGGCGAAGGGAGGUACUACCUGGCGGAUCCCACUCAGCGGCAACUCCUGCGGGCGGUCCUGGGCAAGGGCACCAAGCGGCGCCAGCCCUGGGCGGGCCUGCCGGCGCCCGGCCUGACGCUGGUGCAGCGGGACUGGAGCUGGCUGCUGCUGCACCUGGGCCAGGUGGCGGACUACCUGGUCGGUGUGCGGCCGCCCAAGGACGUCAUCGCCAAAGACAUCAAGGGCGUCGAGGAGCUGCAGGUCAUGCUGCGGGACUUGGCGGACAAGGUUGAGCUGAAGCUGCCUGCGGGCGGCAGCGUGGCCAGCCGCUGGGAGGCGCUGAGCACAUUCGCCAUGGUGCUGGGGUCGCCCCACAACAAGGGCAGCCGCAGCUGGUACCGACGCGAGGGAAAGGACGGGAGGCUGCGGAGCCACCUGAACUACCUGGUCUUCUUCCUGCGGCUGAGCCGCAACGUGGUGACGCACUGGAGGCCGCAUGAAGGACGGGAGGUGCUGGGCUCGGCGCUGCUGGCGCUGCCCACGUUGGUGGACAUGCGCGUGCCGGACCUGUCCGAGCUGGUGCUGGGCGGCAUGAGCCAACUGGAGGCGGCCACCGUCCACGCGGCGGCCGCAGCUGCGGAGCGUGAGGACACGGCGAUGGAGGCCGGCGGUGGCAGUGGCGGUGGCAGUGGCAGUGGCGAUGGCGGUGGCGGUGAUGACGGUGAUGACACCGUCGCCACGGUGGCCGUUCGUGGCGGCCGCUUCAACACGGGCGCCGGCCUCGUGAACUACGGCACCAGCAGCUGGCCUCGCGGCACUACCCUAGGCAGAGGCGGCAUGGGCUCGGCCUUGGUCCCGCAGCUCCUGCCGCUUUCGCUCUCACCGGUUCCGCUGCUGUCCCGGGUGCCGGCUUUGGCUGCCCUGCGGCAAGCUGGCUGGGCUUCCCCAGCGCCCGUGCCUGCGGCGGCGGCGGCUGACCGUGGGGCCGUGUAUCAGCGUGGCUUGGUCUCCGCCGCGCGCAAUGUGCAAGCCAGCUUUGCGGCCAGCACUUACUCGCAGCAGGAGGCGGCGGCGCGGGAGUUCACCGCGUGGCUAGCUCGCUUCGGAGGCGGGCGUACUGUCCUGGACUGCACUCCGGACGAUGUGCUCGUGUACAUUGCCAAGCACUGGCUGCCGUGCCACUCGAGCCGGCAGACGGAAGCUUCGGGACCCAGCGCCUUCAAGUCCCACCCGUUGCUGCUGAGCGGUGCCCUGGCGCGCGCUGGGCGGGACGGGCGCUACGACGCCGUCACUGGCGAGGGCAACCCGUGGCCCAGCGCGUGGGUGGAGGACUGCCGCAAGGGCUACCGGCGGCAGCAGAUGCUGGCGGGCUACCAGGAGGUUUCAGCAGUGCCGCUGUUGGCGGCGCAGAAGUACGAGGCGGGCGUGCGACACGUGUGGGGCUCGACUCACAGCGCGGCCGGCUCUCUGGCCGUACUGGUGCUCCUGCGUGACCUCCUGUGCGUCCUGGCUCCCGCGAGGCACACGCCGCGCUUGGUUCUGCCCGUGCCGGCGUGCCUCCACCGGAUCACGCGCCUCACCGUGGCACCAAGGUCACUUCUUCGGUUCGCUAUGUAGUAGGCUACGGCGUUGCCUAGUCUUCCGUGUUUUCUUCCGUGAGCGAAUGAAUCCAGGGGGAGGCCGUCCGGUUGAACAUUGCACCGCAGGGCCGUGACGCCAAAGUGCGGGGGGGCGGAGCCCCAUAGGAUUGCCCCCGACACGGUUGCUCACUCAAUCCAGAGGGCAUGCAAUUAUGACAGAAGUUUGACAGGAGGUGCAACUGGGGUCUAUGUGGGUUGUCUGCAUGAAACCUUGUGCAUGCUGUGUAUGUGUCACUAUGAGGUACGGUAGUUGAUCGGAUUGCGUAAGACAAUCACCUUAGUGGCAGGAAUGCACUAGCAGGUCGUGUCAUGCAUUGGCCAGGCAAUACUUGUCCCACAUGCCGUGCUUGUGCGUGGUUCAGGUAUGUUGGAAAACGAAACGGCAAUCGACCCCCCAAACGCGGUUCGUGAGUGUUCACGUGUGUACGUGUGUGGGGCCAGACAUAUAGCGCAUUGACCGUGCGUGCGAUGCCCGACAACCCCAUUGGCUAACUCCGCGAUCAGUUCAACGCGAACAAGGGGUGUCAGCUUCGUGCAGCUGCAAAAUGGGCUGAGCCCCGCAGCAUCAGGGAGGACUGAUUGCAAAUCGGAUCGGACGACGGCCCCACGUCUACCCCCAUGGGGCUUUGGGGCUAGCAUGGCCACGGUGUGCACACACACCACACGUCAUCCACGC